UACUCCGGAAUUUCGCCCGCAGGGACUAACACCACUUGGACCCAAGGACUCCAGCUUCACUCCACUUUGUGCACUGGGAGGGGCGGUCGCGAUGACGUUUCAGGCAACGCCUCUGCUGUCAGCCAAUAAGGAGCGGGAGACGCGUCGGGCCUUCGCUCAAUGGGCCGCGCUGGUCCAGCCCCACUGUGAUCAUGAGACUGCAGACCCUCUAAUAAAAUCCACCCCAACAAUCGCCGUGUGCCGCUUUAGUGCGCUCGCCGUCGGCUCUACCUGCGUGCUUUAGCUCCUUCUCGCCUGAUCCUUCUGUCUCUCCCAACCCCGGACACCCGGCUUCGACUGGUUAUAUCUUCGGUGUUCUUUUCCUCUCUCCUUUCGCGGUUCAGCAUGCAGGAAAAAGACGCCUCCUCACAAGGUUUCCUGCCUCACUUCCAACAUUUCGCCACGCAGGCCAUCCAUGUGGGCCAGGAUCCAGAGCAAUGGACCUCCAGGGCUGUAGUGCCCCCCAUCUCACUGUCCACCACGUUCAAGCAAUGGGCGCCUGGCCAGCACUCGGGUUUUGAAUAUAGCCGUUCUGGAAAUCCCACUAGGAAUUGCCUUGAAAAAGCAGUGGCAGCACUGGAUGGGGCUAAGUACUGUUUGGCCUUUGCUUCAGGUUUAGCAGCCACUGUAACUAUUACCCAUCUUUUAAAAGCAGGAGACCAAAUUAUUUGUAUGGAUGAUGUUUAUGGAGGUACAAACAGGUACUUCAGGCAAGUGGCAUCUGAAUUUGGAUUAAAGAUUUCUUUUGUUGAUUGUUCCAAAAUCAAAUUACUAGAGGCAGCAAUUACACCAGAAACCAAGCUUGUUUGGAUCGAAACCCCCACAAACCCCACCCAGAAGGUGAUUGACAUUGAAGCCUGUGCACAUAUUGUCCAUAAGCAUGGAGACAUUAUUUUGGUCGUGGAUAACACUUUUAUGUCACCAUAUUUCCAGCGCCCUUUGGCUCUGGGAGCUGAUAUUUGUAUGUAUUCUGCAACAAAAUACAUGAAUGGCCACAGUGAUGUUGUAAUGGGCCUGGUGUCUGUUAAUUGUGAAAGCCUUCAUAAUAGACUUCGUUUCUUGCAAAAUUCUCUUGGAGCAGUUCCAUCUCCUAUUGAUUGUUACCUCUGCAAUCGAGGUCUGAAGACUCUACAUGUCCGAAUGGAAAAGCAUUUCAAAAACGGAAUGGCAGUUGCCCAGUUCCUGGAAUCUAAUCCUUGGGUAGAAAAGGUUAUUUACCCUGGGCUGCCCUCUCAUCCACAGCAUGAGUUGGUGAAGCGUCAGUGUACAGGUUGUACAGGGAUGGUCACCUUUUAUAUUAGGGGCACUCUUCAGCAUGCUGAGAUUUUCCUCAAGAACCUAAAGCUAUUUACUCUGGCUGAGAGCUUGGGAGGAUUCGAAAGCCUUGCUGAGCUUCCGACAAUCAUGACUCAUGCGUCAGUUCUUAAGAAUGACAGAGAUGUCCUUGGAAUUAGUGACACACUGAUUCGACUUUCUGUGGGCUUAGAGGAUGAGGAAGACCUACUGGAAGAUCUAGAUCAAGCUUUGAAGGCAGCACACCCUCCAAGUGGAAGUCACAGCUAGUAUUCCAGAGCUGCUAUUAGAAGCUGCUUCCUGUGAAGAUCAAAUCUUCCUGAGUAAUUAAAUGGACCAACAAUGAGCCUUUGCAAAAUUUUCAAGCGGAAAUUUUAAGGCACCUCAUUAUCUUUCAUAUCUGUAAUUUUCUUAGGGAUCAUCUCUGUUAAAAAGUUUUCUGUAUGUCAUGUUAUAAUUACAGGUCAAUUCUGUUAAUAUCUUUUUGUUAAUUUUGCUCUAUGUUUGCCUCUGAAGGAGGUGAGAUUUGUGCUACUUUGGGAGAUUACGUUCUUUUUUCAUGUCUAAGAUUUAUUAUUUUGAUCAUGUUUAUAAUAUAAUGGUAAUUCAUUUUUGAUGUUUUGUGAAGAAUUUAAAUUUAAACGAAUGUUCUUAAAUCAAGUGUGAUUUUUUUGCAUAUCAUUGAAAAGAACAUUAAAAGCAAUUAAUGUUACCAUAAGCUGAAAAUCAAAUACUUGAAAAGUUUACUGUGAAAUUCUACUGAUUUAAGACUAUACUUAAUAUUUUUAAAAAAAUAAAUCAGCUGGGCGCGGUGGCUCACGCAUGUAAUCCCAGCACUUUGGGAGGAUAAGGCAGGCGGAUCACGAGGUCAGGAGAUUGAGACCAUCCUGGCUAGCACGGUGAAACCCCAUCUCUGCUAAAAAUGCAAAAAAAAUUAGACGGAUGUGGUGGCGUGCCUGUAGUCCCAGCUACUUGGGAGGCUGAGGCAGGAGAAUGGCGUGAAACCAGGAGGAGGAGCUUGCAGUGAGCCGAGAUCAUGCCACUGCACUCCAGCCUGGGCGACAGAGCGAGACUCCGUCUCAAAAAAAAAAAAAAAAAAAAAGAAAUCUAAUUAUCAAAUGCAUCCCAUUGUGAUAUUCCUACAUUAUGUGACAUUAACCUAUAUUCCUGGGUCCUUUUAAUUCCCAACUACUGCUCUUAGAGGUCUUAGCCUUUUAUGUUAAUUUUUAUAAAUUCAAUUAAAUAACUAUUAUUCCCAAAUCUUAGUGUUUGCAGAUUAGUUAUAAAUCCUAUCCAAGGCAGGUUAAAGGCCACCGUUUUACAGAGAAAUAGUACUUUUUAUAUUUUUAUCUGAAAUAGUGCAUUUGUUGAGAAUAAAAGAAGGUAUGUUUAAAAAUAGAAUCUUUUGGGCCUGGUGGUACGUGCUUGUAGUCCUAGCUACUUGGGCAGCUGAGGUGGAGGAUCUCCUUGAGCCUAGGAGUUCCAGACUGCAUUGGCGUCACUGCACUCCAGCCUGGGCGACAGAAUGAGACCCUGUCUCUAAAAAAUAUAAUAAAAUAGACUAUUUUAUAGUUGAAUGUAUAGUUAGCAAGUUAUCAUCUGAGCCAUAAGUCAAAAAUUAAAUCUUAAAAAUUGUUUUUAUACUAAAGGUUUUUCAUCUUAUAAUAUAUCUUGAUAUUGCCAUUUGUUUCGGUUAAAAUAAUAUCAUACAGCCUGAUGAAUAACAGUGCUGUUUAGGAGGAGAAUACAUAAAAAUAUACAUUCUUCUAUAUUGUCCACACUCUUGAGUUAUACCUAUUGAGUCUGGAAAUUCUGUCUCUAGAGGCAGUAGCAUUUUGAGGCAGGUCCUAUCUCACUAUGGUUUCUGCCAGAACUGAUUUCUUGCCAUCUCAAGGCCUUAGGGCUGUGGAAAUAAAUGAUCAACCAAAUGAGAAAAGGAAAGGCUAUUCUUAGCUUACUAUAGCAAGGGAGUUAGCCACCAUCACCUGGGUUUUGGCAGAAAGUUAAAGGCGGGCAAAUGGGUGGAAAAGUUUUAUAGCAGAAAAAAGGGAAGCCUUCAGAUAUGCCCUGGUUGAAGACUGUUGGCAUGGGGAAGCCAGAAGCAGGUUGACUGGAGUCAGUGUUUCACAGUGGGCAGGUCUGUGUAAUCCUACAUCAAAGUCUAAGGAAGUUGAGAGGCCAAAGAGGCACCCAGUUUCUUAGAAAGAAACAUUUAAUAGGGAUUUAGGAAGAGAAGCCAUGACUGUAUCUUGGGCAGUGAUGAGGCAAGUUGGUGGAUCCCAGCAUAAUUACCCCCAAGACCUGGGACUUUUAUGCCACAGGGAGAGGAGUGGUUGAAAAGGAAUUUGUAAGACAAUUAUGAUAACAUCAAAGCUGUUUGACCUACGGGCAGGAUUUACUGUAUGUAUGAGUUUAUCAAGGUGUCUUACUCUAAGGGCAGGAUUUACAAUAAGUACCUGCUCUUAAACAAGGUACAAAUAGAUAAAUUGGAAUGAGGGUUAAUCAGAAGCUAACAGGGCAGAUUAGCAUCCAAGAUGGAGUUGCUUUGGCCUCUAGAUGGGGCAUCCUGUGUAAUUUGCUAAGGUGCUUAUUUGGCUUUCUCUGGUCCUAAGUUGGAAGCAGGGGCAAAAUUAGAGAAACUGUCAGUCAUUCAUUUCCUGACGAUUCUGGGCCAAUUGUUACACAAGUUAUUGUUUAGCUUCCUGGAUUGUCACUAAAGAAAGCAAUCUGGCUUCCUGCAACUCUGACUUACAGCAGGCUGAUCUCCUGGGUUGUUUAUUGUUGAUGAGGGUGUUGGUUUCUCGGGCAGCUUGCUGCAGGUUGUGGGUCGAAUUUCUAAUUUUACAUAUGGCAUGGCCACUGUCCAUUUCUAUAUUCAGUCUCUUAGGGCUUCUGGUGAGCAGUAAGUAACUACCAUCGUGUUAGUCAAGGUUCUCCAGACUAACAGAGCCAGUAGGGCCUGUGCGCGUGUGUGUGUGUAUAGAGAAAAAUAGAGAGAUAGAUAGAGAUUUAUUUUAAGAAAUGGAUCAUGUGAUUGUGAGGCUGGCAAGUCUAAACUCUAUUGUAGUGUUGAGUUUGAAAUUUGCAGGGCAGACCAUUCAGCUGAAAAUACAGGCAGAGAUUCUGUGAUGCAGUUUUGAGGCAGAAUAGCUUUCUUUAGGGAAACCUUAGUCUUUGCUGUUAAGGCCUUCAACUGAUUGCAUGAAACUCAUCCACAUUAUAGAGAUUAAUCUCCUUUGCUCGAAGUCUAUUUAAAUAUUAGUCACAUCUAAAACAUACUUUUACAGCAACAUCUAGACUGGUGUUUGACCAAACAACUGGGCAUCAUAGCUGACACAUAAAAUUAACCAUCACAACCACGUUCUAGGCACUGUUCCUCACUGCCUGAGAAGACACCAUUAUGUUUAUUAGGGUUUUUGAGGUUUAUCCACAGCUUUUGGUUAUCUGCAACCAUGUCUCCCACCAUCAACAUAGUUCACACUGAGAUGAGGAUUCUCUAUUUAACACUUGGGCCCACCUUCUUCACAGUCCAUCUGGUUUUGUAGAGGGAACAUAACUGGACAUUCUGGUCAGGUUAGGUGAGGCCAGGCCUUCAGGACGCUAUUUUCACUGAGUUGCUUUAUAAGGCACAUUAUGCAAAAUUCCAUCAGCUCUUCUGUUCACUACAUUCACUGUUGAAAUUCUAAGAGUGAGACUGCUGUCUCACACCAAAGCCAGUGGGUACUAUCUUCAGUAGGCACGCAGCAUCAUGUUGGUAUUUGAUCCAGCUAGAUGACAUGUAAGAGAAAACUUUAUUGUGGACUCUGUAAAGUGUGACAUUCGUUUGUGACUCAAUUUGCUCAUGUAUUUGUACCUGGGAGUUCAUGACAUAGCUAACUUCCAGCUGCUUUCAAUUUACAUCAUAAAAGAAAUGCAUCAUAUUCUUC